AUGUCGACGAUACCGAAAGAGCCUGAGCAUGUGAUGAAGAUGAGAGGAGGUUCGGUGCUCGGAAAGAAGACCAUUCUGAAAAGCGACCAUUUCCCGGGUUGUCAGAACAAGCGUUUAUCUCCUCAGAUCGAAGGCGCUCCCAAUUAUCGACAGGCCGAUUCAUUACAUGUUCAUGGUGUUGCCAUUCCAACAAUUGAUGGAAUCCGAAACGUUCUCGAGCACAUUGGCGCGCAAUCACAAGGGAAGAGAGCACAAGUUCUUUGGAUUAGCCUUCGUGAGGAACCGCUUGUGUACAUUAAUGGCCGCCCCUUUGUUUUGCGUGAUGUGGAGAGGCCGUUCUCCAACCUUGAGUAUACGGGAAUUAAUAGGGAAAGGGUUGAACAAAUGGAAGCUCGUCUGAAAGAAGACAUCCUGAUGGAAGCAGGAAGAUAUGGGAAUAAGAUCCUUGUGACUGAUGAACUGCCAGAUGGUCAGAUGGUGGACCAAUGGGAACCGGUCUCAUGUAAGUCAGUGAAGACACCACUAGAGGUGUAUGAGGAAUUGCAAGUGGAGGGAUACCUUGUUGAUUAUGAACGUGUUCCUAUAACUGAUGAAAAAUCACCAAAGGAACUGGAUUUUGAUAUUUUGGUUCAUAAAAUUUCUCAAGCUGAUGUAAAUACAGAGAUAAUUUUUAAUUGUCAAAUGGGGCGUGGACGAACUACAACUGGAAUGGUCAUUGCAACUUUGGUCUACCUCAACCGAAUUGGGGCCUCUGGGAUUCCAAGAAGCAAUUCAAUUGGUAGAAUUUCUCAAUGUAUGACCAAUGUUGCUGACCAUUUGCCUAACUCAGAGGAGGCAAUUCGCAGGGGAGAAUAUGCAGCAAUAAGAAGCUUAAUUCGGGUGUUAGAGGGAGGCGUUGAGGGGAAAAGACAAGUUGACAAGGUCAUUGACAAGUGUUCUUCAAUGCAGAACCUGCGUGAAGCAAUUGCCACCUAUCGCAAUAGCAUUUUGCGACAACCAGAUGAGAUGAAAAGGGAGGCAUCCCUUUCCUUUUUUGUGGAGUACUUGGAGAGAUACUACUUUUUAAUAUGUUUUGCUGUGUACAUUCAUUCAGAAAGGGCUGUACUCCAUUCUAGUAAUGCUGGUCACAUUAGUUUUGCUGACUGGAUGAGAGCAAGGCCUGAACUUUACAGCAUUAUGCGGAGGUUGCUCAGGAGAGAUCCAAUGGGUGCACUUGGAUGUUCAAGUUCAAAACCAUCUCUAAAGAAGAUAGCUGAAUCAACUGAUGACCGCCCUUCUGAGAUGGGUGUGGUUGCUGCCUUGAGAAAUGGCGAGGUUCUUGGUAGUCAAACAGUUCUAAAAAGUGAUCACUGUCCUGGAUGUCAAAACCCCAGUUUACUUGAGAGAGUGGAUGGUGCUCCUAAUUUUCGAAAAGUUCCUGGAUUUCCUGUUUAUGGGGUGGCAAAUCCAACCAUUGAUGGUAUCCGAUCUGUCAUUCGCAGGAUUGGUAGCUCUAAAGGUGGAUGCCCUAUACUUUGGCAUAAUAUGAGAGAAGAGCCUGUUAUUUACAUCAAUGGGAAGCCAUUUGUUCUUCGUGAAGUUGAAAGACCGUACAAAAACAUGCUGGAGUACACGGGUAUUGGACGUGAAAGAGUGGAGAAAAUGGAAGCUCGAUUAAAGGAAGAUAUCCUACGGGAAGCUAAACACUAUGACAGUGCCAUAAUGGUUAUCCAUGAAACAGAUGAUGGACAUAUAUUUGAUGCUUGGGAGCAUGUUAGCUCUGACGUGAUUCAAACUCCACUUGAAGUUUUUAAAAACCUGGAAGCUGAUGGGUUUCCCAUUAAAUAUGCACGUGUACCCAUCACUGAUGGAAAAGCUCCUAAACGUUCUGACUUCAAUACUUUGGCUGUUAAUAUUGCUUCUGCUACAAAGGAUACUGCUUUUGUUUUCAAUUGUCAGGUAAUUUCUUAA